UAUUGUUGUUGCUGUUGAGGCUGCGGAGACUCGGCAGCGGUGGGAGACGGACGGACGGGAAGGAAGGAAGGAAGAAAGAGAAAGAAAGAAAGAAAGGACGGAAGGAAGAAAGGAAGGAAAGAGGCUCGAUUCAGUUGAAGGCUUUACUUUAUUUUUUCAUUUAGUUUUUUUUUCCCGCAGCGGGUCGAUAGUGUCUCGGGGAGCAGCCAUGUCUGUGAAUAUGGACGAACUCAGGCACCAAGUGAUGAUCAACCAGUUUGUUUUGACGGCUGGUUGCGCCGCGGAUCAGGCGAAGCAGCUUCUACAAGCGGCCCACUGGCAGUUUGAGACGGCCCUAAGCUCUUUUUUCCAGGAGGCUAACAUCCCCGGUCACCCCCACCAGAUGAUGUGCACUCCCAGAAACACUCCGGCCACGCCCCCGAACUUCCCCGACGCCAUCACCAUGUUCUCCAAGCUGCGGGCGUCCGAGUGCAACCCGGGCGCGGGCCCCUCGCAGGUGUCCAUGGCCUGCUCCCCGCCGGCCCCCUCCUCCGCGUCCGGCUUCGGCUCCUUCUGGGCGUCCUCGCCGCCCAGCCACCAGCCGGCGUGGCUGCCCCCGUCGUCGCCCACCGGCCACCACAUCCACCACCACCACUACCACCACCACCACCACCACAUGCAACAGACUCCCAUGUGGCCCCCCGUCUCGCAGCCCAGCGGCUCCCAGCAGCCCCCUGUCGUGUCGGCGCUCCACGGCCAGAGAUGAGACUGAGCUGGGUUUUUUGGGGGACGGGGAGGGAUGGAGGGAGGAUGGGUGGCUGUAUCAAGUGUAGCCAAACAAAUCUGUUUCAGGGGGAGGGAGGGGGGAGAGGAUGGGGGGGGGGCUAGAUUCUGCUGUUUUUCUUCUUCUUGUUUUUCUGAACUGAAGACGAGCGGUUUGGCUCGUCGGAGCCGAGGAGGAACCUGGAGGGGGCGGGGCGAGGAAUGGGGCGGGGCCGGGCGGGGCGGGGUGGGGGGGUCACUGACGAACUGAACACAGCAGGACUCUCAGAGCCCCCCCCCCCCCCCUCCUAAAAAAACAAAAAUAAAUAAAAACACACACAAUGCAGAAACUUUUUUCUUCAUCACCGAUGCAACCAAGUCCAGGACCCCACGGAGCACUUACUGAGGAGAGCAGCCAUGUGAUCUGUCGAAGUGCUCUGUGAUCAGUUAUCAUUUUUCUUUCUUUUUCUUUUUUUUGUUUUUUUAAAGACGUAAUCCGACAGGAAGUCAGCAAUAACCAGCAGACAAACAAAGGAAGAGAGGAGCUCGGAUCGACAAAAAAAAAAAAAAAAAACGUUGUGAAUGGAAAGGCCUCGGAAAGUGAUUGGAGAGUGUGUGUGUGUGUGUGUGUGUGUGUUUGUGUGUGUGCGUGUGCUUGUGUGUGUGCGUGUGCAGGAUUGGAUCGGAUUACUAGAGGCACAGCCGUGGAAGUUCGGUUUCAUUUACCGACUGCGAAAAGGCGACAAACGGGGUGAAACUGAACCGCGACUGGGCUUCUGUGUGGAAGAAGACCUCAGGUUGUGCUUUUCAUUAUGAAUCAGAGGGACGAUGCAAACAAAGAUGGCGGCAGGAAGUGACAAACAGCUGGAUUAGAAAACUACAUAGAUGAGUUCUCCAGUUCCAGACGCCGUUGAUCCUAAACUGUGUGUUUCAGUAGAUUAGAUAAAAGAAGACAUUUGGUCAGUCCGUCAUUUUAACACGCAAUCAACAAAUUUCUACACACGUCAAGACGACGCAGUCAAUCUUCCAGAAUUUCUCAGGGUUUUAUCGAAUCAUUUCACGUGAACGUUUGACUCAAAACACCAGACCGAUCAGAUUAAGUCCCGGUUUCCUGGAUUCGAGGUUUCGGAUUCGUUUUUUUUUUUCCUGCAGAUAAACAUCAGAGACUGUAACGUUCCAGCAACCGUCGAUUCUUUUUUUUAACUGUGUGUCACGCUCGUGGCCGCCAUCUUUGUUUGGCUCAGGGAACAACGUGGCGCGGCACAUGUCAUUUAUUAUUGUUUCACCCGGAUGAUUCGCUUUGAGGGAAUACUUGUUAAAACAUCAGCGGGUGUCGGUGAGCGGUGGGAGGUGAGGAGUCCGUGCCGGGGGAAGAAAGACGACGUGUAGAGUUUGCAAUAAUUUGAGCUGCCACAUUUAUAAGAGGAGGACGAGGACGUAAGGUUUUUUUUUUGUUUUUUCUGGCACAAAUAAUAAAGAAAAAAGAACUCCUGUAAAUAAAAAGCCAAAAGAUUUCUGCUGAUGAACUUUAACAGUUUUUUCCUUUUUUUUCUCUUUUCCGUCUUUUUGACCUCCGCCAUCUUUCUCUCCGCGAAAGAGGUUCGGAGUCCGACUCAGUGAAUUUCCACACGACCUUUCAGACGCUCAACCACUCCUACCUCCGCCGGUCUGAAUGGGAGAGGCCGCGUGUGCGUGUGUGUGCGCGCGCGCGCGCGUCUGUGUUUUUUGUUUGUGUUUCGUGUGCGCUCUGAAUGUAUUCUGCUGCAGACGCACACAGGAUCAGCCAGUUUAAACAGCGAUGAGGGGGAGUGCACCGCAGAGCUGGUUGGACGGGUGGGAAAGUGUUUCAACCCGACACAUGAAUUCAGUCCAGUUUUUCUUUUAGCUGUGACGUUUUUUAAAAAAAAUAAAUCCACGGUAGAUUAGCGUCUACUUCUAAUUGUCAAAAAGUCCCAGUUUGGGAGGAAGAGCGAGGAGCUCUUGUCUGAAUCGGGGGAGUCGGGGGUUCGGAGGCCGAGGGCAGCGUCACUCAGACAAUCAGCUGCUUCUCGGUGACUUUGCAGAUUCGCUGUUAAAUAAUCUGUGAUUUAAAGGAAAAAUCUGCCCUGAAAAGCUUCAAAGCUGCUUUGUUUUUGUUUGAUUUUUUUAAGCAGCAGAGCAGAGAACACAGACAUGUUCGGCUUUGACUAAAAGAGGAAAAAAAGAGAUGAAUACUUGGCAUGUUUGUGUUGCGGGAGAUUUUUCAGAUUAAAUCCAUCACGCUGCGACGUCUCCCCUCGGUUUGACGCGUUUUCACAGAAACACCUAAGCUCGGCCGGUCUGGCUCUUUCCAGACCUUUUCCUCAAAGACCUGAGCUCUGACACCGCUCUCUGACCCGAGGGCGGAUUUUUCUCCCUUUUCUGGACGAGUUGAGGCAAAUGCGGCGCGCCUGAAAUCUCAACUCCUGCCUGGUUUGUUGUUGGUGACGGGGUGUGUGUGUUGAUUACUGUAGCGCAGAGUGUGUGUGUGUGUGUGUGUUGGAAGUUGGGGUUGGGGUUGGGGUUGGGGGGGGUGGCUGUGCGUCCUGAAUGAACCGCAGGGUUUGGAGUUUUCCUACGAGCUUCCUGCAGCGUGGAUUACGAGCUUAGCGCCAAGCUGCUCCGGAGGCCGAUCGCGUUCUUUUUCUUUUUAGCUCCACUUUUUUUUUUUUUUCCCUUUCUUUUGAAAUUUCUAACCACGUUUUUAAAGUCCAGCCGAUGCGUCCGACCACUUUGAGGAGUUUUCUAACUGGGCGAGGUUUUCUUAAAGACAAAUUUACCUCCCUUUUUUUUUUUUUUUUAGCUCUUUCACUUGGAUGACAGUGUACUUUCUCAUGGACCCUCAGAUAUUCACUCUGUUCUAAUCCAUGGCUCUUUUGUAGAGAUUUCUUUGUGUUCAUUUCCUUUGUUGAAAUUUGUAUUUAUAUGUUUAAUAAAACAAGUUAUGAUCUGC